AGUUCUGUGAAUCAUAAUCUCACAACCUCCUCUCAAAGGAAUGGUGAAAAAUAAAGACAAAGAGGUACAUCAACUAAUCAACCUGAUAAUACGUUAACAUUACGAUGUCUGUCCCUCCACAGAGAGUGAGAGAGAGAGAGAGAGAGGUUCUGUUAAUGGUUCAUGUCGGAUGUCCAAGUUGUGUGUUUGGCCGACUAGAGUUUAGGACUGGCACUCCAUUAAAUGCAAAUCAGGGCCCUCCACACCAGAAAAUAAAGCUGUUAUUUUGAUAUGAAAUCAAGAAUUUGUCAGUUUUUGGUGAAAGAACAGAGGCCAUACUACUAUUCCUUUAACUGCAACUGCAAUUGCAUGCUUAAUCUGUUUCUUAUAGCCUUACCCGGCUACUCUACUUAUACACACAUCCCCUGGUUCUCCGAUUCAAUCAUUCACAUCUCAUUUUCUUCAUUAAAGCUUCCAACUUUUUUCUUUCUCCUCUGCUUUUUGGAUCUACACUCUUGUCAUUCUCAGAAUUCUUCAAUUGGGUAUUUAAUUUUUCUUUCUGUUUGGUCCAUGGGAAGGGUGAGCCUGCCGCCACCUGUUUGUGACACAAACCUCUCGCAGAGGUUGUCCUUCGAGAACAACAAUAAUAACAACAACCACCUUCGGGAAGCCUCUUUCUCUUCCUACUUGAACCAUGCUGAGAAAGAAUUUGUGCGCAAACUCGCUGAAGCGGCUCGAGAUCGGCCCCAAGAGGAGGAUGGGGAUAUUGAAGUUUUUGGAGCAGAGAAAUACUUCAAUGGGGGAAUGGACAACCCAAAUCCUCUGAAAUUACGCCCCAGGAGACAGCAGUUUAAAAAGGCAGAACAGAUGAAUGUUCACCAAAAGAAGCCAAAAACAAAAAUUAGCCGCUCUGGAACUCCAAGUAUCCGUUCAGAGUCCAGUUGGAAUAGCCAAAAUACAUUGUUGCAACGGAGAAAUCAUUCAGGCCCAGGGGAGAGCAAGAAGAAAAAUAAAUCCUCAUUAAAACCAAAGGGGUUUCUCUAUAAAUGCUGUGGCUGCCACAAAGACUCAGUGGAAGAAGUUCAUUCAUCCAAUAACACCAAAACAAAUCCGAAACAAGAACUGGUGAGAAGUGGGUUAAAUUUCACAUUUCGAAAAUCGACCUCGAAAUUAGCGGAGCCCAAAAACUUACCCCUGAAAAUGAAAAUUCAAGUAGAGGAACAGCAAGCGCGCAGGUCAAUUGAGGUUUUUGGGUCUUCCCUGAAGGCGCAAAGUGUGGAGACUGUGAGCCUGAACCACCUAGAGAGGAAGCUGUCGAUGCUGUCUUGGAACGACAUCGGUCCAAGAGUGAAGGAAUCAGAUUCGAAUAUGUCCGUGUCCGCCACUGAUGAUUCGAUUCUAAUCGACAAUGGGGAUGCGGAAAGCGAUGCAAGUUCGGAUCUUUUCGAGAUAGAGAGCUUAAUGGGGAACCCCAAUCCGUUUCUGGUGAGACAGGGCUCUGAUUGCACGGAUUGUGUCACGCCCACCACUUGUUACGCGCCGAGCGAGGCCAGCAUCGAGUGGAGUGUCGUCACCGCCAGCGCCACCGACUACGACGAACGGCGCCUCUCCACCACCAGCCCAACCGCCGCCGCCGAAGAGAUUCAGAGGCGGCGCUCCAAUCUUCUGAUGGGGUGUAGAAGUAAGAAGGCGGCGGGAGAUGCGUACGGUUCCGAGGCAGAAGUUUGCCGGCGGGCGGAGGCGUUUGGGCGGAUGACUAGGUUCGAAGCUGAGACGAAGGUUAUGGGUUUUGUUGGCACGAACUCGAUUAGUCGUCGGUAUUCGCCCCAAAUGUCAAAUAUUUUGUAUGUUUAAUUAGUUUAUUGAUUCUUCAAAAGCAUACGCUUUUCAAGAGAUUCUAAUUCAUUCCUCGUAUGUUGAUUUCCUUGUCCAUCCUAUUUAUCAUCAGGUAAUAAAAGCCAAUUGCCUACUGUCAAA